CUAUCCGGAUUCUUAGCGCGGACUCCGAGUGCUGCUUUUCUCUACGUGCUUUGCACAUGCGCGACUGCUUUUCCCUUCUUCCUCCGCUUCCACUGGCGUCCACGGUUCGCGGAGCCGCCGCCAGCGACGCGGAGAAGUCGGGAAGUUCAAGAUGGCCGCCACGGAGCCCCCGUCGCUGCGGGAGCAAUCGGAGAUGGAUGAUGCUGAUAAUUCUGAAAAGAGUGUAAAUGAAGAAAAUGGAGAAGUAUCUGAAGACCAAUCUCAAAAUAAACACAGUCGUCACAAAAAAAAGAAGCAUAAACACAGAAGUAAACAUAAGAAACAUAAACAUUCCUCAGAAGAAGAUAGGGAUAAAAAACACAAACAUAAGCAUAAGCAUAAGAAACACAAACGGAAAGAAGUUAUCGAUGCUUCUGACAAAGAAGGCCUGUCCCCUGCAAAAAGAACUAAGCUUGAUGAUUUAGCUUUGCUGGAAGACUUGGAAAAACAGAGAGCCUUGAUUAAAGCUGAGCUUGAUAAUGAGUUGAUGGAGGGCAAGGUCCAGUCUGGAAUGGGGCUCAUUUUGCAAGGCUAUGAGUCUGGCUCUGAAGAAGAAGGAGAGAUUCAUGAAAAGGCAAGGAAUGGAAAUAGGUCCAGUACCAGGUCUUCCAGUACUCGGGGAAAACUUGAAAUUACGGACAACAAAAAUAGUGCAAAAAAACGAAGUAAGAGCAGAUCCAAAGAACGGACUCGGCAUAGGUCAGACAAGAGGAAAGGCAAGGGAGCUGUGGAAAUGGUGAGAGAGAAGGCAAACAGGAGCAAGUCCAAGGAGAGGAGAAAAUCCAAAAGUCCAUCCAAAAGAAGCAAGUCUCAAGACCAAGCAAGAAAAUCGAAGUCCCCUACCCUUAGACGGCGGUCCCAAGAGAAAGUGGGGAAGGCCAGAUCUCCUGCUGAUGAGAAGAUUAAGAGUGAAGAGAAAGGUAAAAUAAAGGAUAGGAAAAAAUCACCAAUUGUAAAUGAAAGAAGUCGAGAUAGAUCUAAAAAAUCCAAGUCCCCAGUCGACUUAAGAGAUAAAUCCAAAGACAGAAGGUCAAGGUCCAAAGAGCGGAAGUCAAAACGAUCUGAAAUUGACAAAGAGAAGAAGCCAGUUAAGUCACCUUCAAAAGAUGCUUCUUCUGGGAAGGAAAAUAGGUCACCCAGUAGAAGACCUGGCCGUAGUCCUAAAAGAAGAAGUUUGUCUCCAAAACAACGAGACAAGUCAAGAAGAAGUAGGUCUCCGCUUCUCAAUGACAGAAGAUCUAAGCAGAGCAAAUCACCUUCUCGAACUCUGUCUCCAGGCAGAAGGGCCAAGAGCCGGUCCUUAGAAAGGAAGCGGAGAGAACCAGAGAGGAGACGACUUUCUUCUCCGAGAACACGACCUCGUGAUGAUAUCCUUGGUAGAUGUGAACGAUCAAAAGAUGCCAGCCCCAUCAAUAGGUGGUCUCCAACCCGAAGAAGAAGUAGGUCUCCCAUUAGAAGGAGGUCCCGUUCCCCAUUGAGACGCAGCAGGUCUCCUAGAAGAAGAAGCCGAUCUCCUCGGAGAAGAGAUAGGAGUCGAAGGAGCAGGUCACGGUUGAGAAGAAGGUCUCGAUCAAGGGGUGGUCAUAGGAGAAGGAGCAGAAGCAAAGUAAAGGAAGAUAAAUUUAAAGGAAGUCUCUCGGAAGGAAUGAAGGUUGAGCAAGAGUCUUCAUCUGAUGAUAACCUUGAAGAUUUUGAUGUGGAGGAAGAAGAUGAAGAGGCUCUGAUAGAACAGAGACGGAUACAGAGGCAAGCUAUUGUGCAGAAAUAUAAAUAUCUUGCCGAAGAUAGCAAUAUAUCUGUGCCAUCUGAGCCAAGCAGCCCCCAGAGCAGCACAAGAUCACGAUCCCCUUCACCAGAUGACAUCUUGGAGCGGGUGGCUGCUGACGUAAAAGAAUAUGAGCGGGAGAAUGUUGACACCUUUGAGGCCUCAGUAAAAGCCAAACAUAAUCUAAUGACAGUUGAACAGAAUAAUGGUUCAUCUCAAAAGAAGCUUUUGGCACCUGAUAUGUUUACAGAAUCUGAUGAUAUGUUUGCUGCUUAUUUUGAUAGUGCUCGUCUCCGCGCUGCUGGCAUUGGGAAAGAUUUCAAAGAGAAUCCCAACCUCAGAGAUAAUUGGACAGAUGCAGAAGGCUAUUACCGUGUAAACAUUGGAGAAGUCCUAGAUAAGCGUUAUAAUGUGUAUGGCUACACUGGGCAGGGUGUGUUCAGCAAUGUUGUACGUGCCAGGGAUAAUGCAAGAGCCAAUCAGGAAGUGGCUGUAAAGAUCAUCAGGAACAAUGAACUCAUGCAAAAGACUGGUUUAAAAGAACUAGAGUUCUUGAAAAAACUUAAUGAUGCUGAUCCUGAUGACAAGUUCCAUUGCUUGCGCCUCUUCAGACACUUUUACCAUAAACAGCAUCUCUGUCUCGUAUUUGAGCCUCUCAGUAUGAAUUUGCGAGAGGUAUUAAAAAAAUACGGUAAGGAUGUUGGCCUCCAUAUUAAGGCUGUACGAUCGUACAGUCAGCAGUUGUUCCUGGCAUUGAAACUCCUUAAAAGAUGUAAUAUCCUACAUGCAGAUAUCAAACCCGAUAAUAUUCUGGUUAAUGAAUCCAAAACAAUUUUAAAGCUUUGUGAUUUUGGAUCAGCUUCACAUGUUGCAGAUAAUGACAUAACGCCUUAUCUUGUCAGUAGAUUUUAUCGUGCUCCGGAGAUCAUUAUAGGUAAAAGCUAUGAUUAUGGUAUCGAUAUGUGGUCUGUAGGUUGUACCUUAUAUGAACUCUAUACUGGAAAAAUCUUAUUUCCUGGCAAAACUAAUAACCAUAUGUUGAAGCUCGCCAUGGACCUUAAAGGAAAAAUGCCAAAUAAGAUGAUCCGGAAAGGUGUAUUCAAAGAUCAACAUUUUGACCAAAAUCUGAAUUUCAUGUACAUAGAGGUUGAUAAAGUAACAGAGAGGGAGAAAGUUACUGUCAUGAGCACCAUUAAUCCAACUAAGGACCUGUUGGCUGACUUGAUUGGGUGCCAGCGACUUCCUGAAGAUCAACGUAAAAAAGUACACCAGCUAAAGGACUUGUUGGACCAGAUCCUAAUGUUGGACCCAGCUAAGCGAAUUAGCAUCAACCAGGCCCUGCAGCAUGCAUUCAUCCAGGAAAAAAUUUAAAUGAGAUGAAGAAACUCCAAGGGUUUGAGUAAUUAAAUACAAAGACUGAAGAAAUUUCACAGCAGUUUAUUAUUAAUGUAUAUAAACUUAUAAAUAUUUCUGCAGCAAAUUUGAGGAAGCAUGAUAUAUUUGAAUUAACACCAAGGGUGAUAUUUCUUUUAGAAAUGUUAGUUAAUCUGUUUUGUGUCUUAUGUGAAAUUUCACUGUAGAAAUGUUUUAAUUGCCAAGACUGCACAGAAUUACAGUGCUAAUGUAUAUGGUUGCAGUUCACAUAAAAGACAAAAAGCAUCUGUUAUGAGUAGCAGUGCUGGGUGGUUGAUUUGUUUUUAGCAGACUUGGCUUCAGUUUGCUCUUCAGAUACAAUGGCCAGCAUAAAUGCUGUUUAUAUUCACGUUUUCCUAGGUGUGUGUGUGCAGGCCACAGCAGCAUGCCCUUGGUGUAGUCAGUGCCGAAGGGAGUCUGUUCCUUCUUGAGCCUGCCUGCAGGGAUGUCUCCUCUUUUAAAGCAGGUUGUGUACAACAUUCAGUACACUGAAGGUAAGCUAAACCAUCAACAUCACCAGUGUUUUAAGAUGUUAUUUUAUUGGAAUAAUUGAAAAUGAGGGAUAGCUUUGUGGCAGAAUUCCCUGCAUGUGUGAUAACUGAUCUUGUUUUAUUUUUUCGCAUCGCGACUGUGGCAUAGUUACAGUUUCUGUUGUGUUCAUCACAUUUACAAUUUGAAGCGUAUGCGCUUGAUGGAUAGAGCGCCUUCAGUGUACUGUUUCUUAUUAACUUUACUUUUUUUAAAAUCAACUUGCUAUAGACUUUAUACAUUUUGUUAAAUACAGUUCUUAGUGACAUAGAAACUGCAUAGUUUUCAUUUACUAAUUAAAAUGUUGAGGCCUACUUCUGAAAGUCCUCAUAUUUAAAAGAUAGACAACAUAAUGAGAUUUUUAACUAUUUGUAUGUCAUUUUGAAAGUGUACUGCUUUAUGGUAAAAGUGUUUUUCAUUUGUUCAUUGUUUGCAUUAUUUGUGAUCAUGUUGUCUUUCAAUACAGGCAUAAACCUUCCACUCUUGAACAAAGCAGCUGCUUUUUAAAAGCGGUAAUUGCUUCUUUACCUUUUAUUUCUUUUGUAAAUGAAGCUUUUCUUUUAAAAUGUGACUUUAAAGUGUUGUCUAUUGCAUAUAAACAGUUGACACUCACUUACUGUAAUGAGAAGAUUGUUCUACUGCAUGGGAAGUGGACCAUGCAGAUUUCUGUAUGUUCUCAGUAUGCAUCACUAGAUAAUAAAGUCUUUUGUGAACAAGG